AUGCCGUACACCCGUCCGCCCAGCACCACGACCGUGUGGCACCGGUUCACCGCCCGGGGCGUCACCCUGAGGGUCCAAGAUUUGACUCCGGACCUGUACGAGUCAGCUAUAACUCUGUUGAGAACAUAUUUCACAAGGGAUGAGCCGCCUUGCAAGUACAUUGGCAUCGAGAAGUACCCAUCAGCAAUGCACGAGCUGGAACAACUGUGGCGCAAGACGCUGAACGACAACGUGUCGUUGGUGUGCGUGACGGACGACGGCGUCGUGGUCGGCGCCAACGUGUUGGCGGUCGUCUGUAAAGAGGAUAAGGAUGAGCCCUUCCAGACUCAUGACAAAAUAUGGGCGCAACUUUUCGGAGCCGUGGACCUGGUGUCUCGGGGAGUGGAUAUCUUCGAGAAGUAUGGCGUCGACAAGUAUCUGACGGCGUAUGGGCUGGUCGUGGACCCUGCGUGGAGGGGGCUCGGGGUCGCCAAGGAGAUACUAAAGGCUAGAAUCAGCCUUUGCCGCAGCCUUGGAAUUAAAGUGACUGCAACAGUCUUCACAGCUAGGGCUUCGCAAAUAGCAGCAAAAAAAGCGGGGUUCGUUGACCUCUACGAGAUGACCUACGAAGAGCUGGCUAAGAAGGGAUGCGUCUUUCCUGGAGUUGAGGAGGACACGAAAUCUUCUAAGCUAAUGGCUUUAGUCAUUGAUGAAAAUUAAAAGCUGUAUAAUGCAAAAUAUACUACCUAUGUUUAGAAAUAUACCAUUUUAUUGUAUACGCUAUGAAAUGUAAAAUAUUUAUUUGCGGAAGAAAUGACAAAUUAUAACGUAAUUGAAAGUAUU